AUGCUUGCCAGAACGGUUUUGCGGGCAUGUCCCCGUGGUAUUGUCGCCGCCCGUGCGGUUCCAGCGGUACCAAAACCACGUUUUUUCAGCAACUCUUCGUUGAAACUCAAUGAGAAGAAGGAAGAGAAGCCCAAGUCCAUUUUGGACGACGAUAUGUUGGCCAAAGCCGGCUUUGAAGACGAACAAUCUGCAUCUGAGAAAAAGGAGAGCUCCGACAAGUCGUCCCGCAGAAAGCGGAGAACAAAGACGUCCAAGGAUCUCCAAAGAGAGAAAUGGUCCAACAUCUUCUACGGUGCUAUGCUUGUUGGAGGUGUAGGUUACUUGGGCUACAUGGCUCGUGACUGGGACUCUGCUGAGGAACAGAAGGACCUUGAAGGUGGCGAAAUCGACAACGGCUACACACCUGGUUUGAUGUACGAGCGUUUGUCGAGAAGAAUGUCCAAGGCCUUUUCAUUCUUCUCUGAGCCCGUUUUUGAGAACUUGUUGCCUCCUCCUCCUCCAGAGCAGUACCGUCGUCCAUUGACGCUUGUUUUGGCGUUGGAUGACUUGUUGAUCCACUCCAGCUGGGACACCAAGCACGGUUGGAGAACUGCAAAGAGACCAGGCUUGGACUACUUCUUGGGCUACCUCUCGCAGUACUACGAAAUCGUCAUUUUCUCCACCAACUACCAGAUGACGUCUGAGAGAACUGUCAUCAAGAUGGACCCAUUGAGAGCCUUCAUUCAGUACGCUUUGUACAGAGAGGCUUGUAGAUACAAGGACGGCAAGGUGAUCAAGGACUUGUCGCUUUUGAACCGUGACUUGAACAAGACCGUUGCCGUGGAAGUCGAGAAGGAUGCUGUUUCUAUGCAGCCCGACAAUGCCAUCAUGUUGAAGCCUUGGAACGGUGAGAGCGACACCACCUUGGUUGACUUGAUUCCACUUUUGGAGUACUUGGCCACCCAGCCCAUCAAGGACGUUCGUCCAGUGAUCAAGUCCUUCAGCCAGUCUGAUGAUGUCAUUGCCGAGUACAAGGAAAGAGAGGCCCGUUUGAGAGCCAAGUGGAAGGAGGAGAACAAGCACCUUUUCGAGCGUGCCGGUAAGCCUAAUGUCGGAACCUUCCUCGGCUCCAUGGUCGGAAUGUCCCCUAGUGCACUUAGCAAAGAGCCAAAGAUGCCAUUGGAUAUUAUUAGAGAGCACGGCCAGGCUCAGUACGAGAACUUGCAGAAGUUCUUGAGAGAGAACACCGCCAAGUUUUUAGAGGAGGAACAGAAGAUGAAGGACGAAUACGGCAAGAUGACUUUGAACAAGUUGAUGACUGAAGGCAUGCCUACGCCCGAGGACAUUGCCAAGCAGCAGGCUGAGAAGGCUGCCGCUGAGAAUAACGGGAGCGCUUGA